ACACAGGCAGAGGGAGAAGCAGGCUCCAUGCAGGGAGCCCGAUGUGGGACUUGAUCCCAGGCCCCGGGAUCACGCCCUGAGCGGAAGGCAGACGCUCAACCGCUGAGCCACCCAGGCGUCCCAAUAAUUCCCAUUUCUUCUGAGUUUCUACCCUAUUUCUUAGCCCCAGGGCACUUUGAAGAGAAAUAGCUUGCAAUAAAAAGGAGUGAUUGCUAGGAAUGAACAGGGUUAAUUAACUUUUCUGAAGAAAUGUGUUCCUGAAAAUAAUCUAUAUUGAUUAAACCUCUUAAAACGGGGUCACCUUUUAAAUAGACCAAGAGAAGUUUGUUUUGCACCAAGGAAACGAUUGCCCCCUCAUGUCUCUGUCUUGAAGUUCUUAGAGUAGACCUUUCUGAUUGCCUCUUCACUACCGAAAGAUGAUGGACCCAUAACUCCCAUUUCCAAAGACGGUUCAGUGGGGGAUGACAACCCAACCAGGGGGCCCUUUAGAGGCUCCCUUUUCUCCAGCCCUCCAACACCUCAGGAACACAGUCCUUGAGAAUUCCUCGGGGACUGAGGACACAUUGUUGCCAUCCGUGUAACCCCUUGGUACACAGCGGCCUGUACACAGGUUCACUAAAUGAAUGAAUUCCUUGGGGUAGCUGGACACAGCCAUACCUUUAUGCCCCAGGUGCCUCUUUAUACAGGCUGGGGGUUAGGAGGUCUAAGGCACAGUAAUUGUGGCAGGCUGUCUGGAAAGCCUUUGAGGGCCAGGACAAGGGUUGCUUGGGUGCGUGGUCACCUUCUUAGGGCUCAGCAGGGUCCCUGACAGGCGGGCAGGCAGUGAGUAUUUGUUGUGUGAAUGCAUGCAGACGUGCAAACGACCCCGGGUCCUGUCCUCAGAGGUCACUGUCGGCCUAGAAGAGGGAGAAAAGUUCACCAGGAGGGAUGGACUGUGCUGGGCUCUCAAGCCAUGAGCUCCGAAGCCAAUUUCACUUCCUCACUCGGCCAUCUGCAGAGGGUUGUCAAUCCCCUCUUCGCACGGGUGGUGGUGGGGGGGGGGGUGCGGCCAGGUGGUGCUGACGCCCCCUGCCCCCUGCGGGGACCCCAGGUCACCGAGGAAGGUAACCCAGAGGGGGAGCCCGCCGGCACGUGCAGCCUCCCAGGAGAGGAGGAGGCUGGGCUAACGCAGCCCUUAGUCAGCAGCUGGGCUCGCUUUUGAAACAAAAGCCAAUGUCCUCCCUCCCUCGGAGUCCGCGGCCGGCCAGCUCCUGGGGGGAAGCAAGCCAUGCUGCCCAGCCGGUAAGUCCAGCUGUGAGCAGGGUGUUCUGUUCUUCACUUCCAGAAAGCCAGAGUUUUAUAAAUGGACACUGACAUGGACUACGAAAGACCGAACGUUGAAACCAUCAAGUGUGUGGUCGUGGGAGACAACGCCGUGGGGAAGACACGCUUAAUCUGUGCCAGAGCGUGUAAUACGACGCUAACGCAGUAUCAGCUGCUGGCUACCCAUGUGCCUACCGUGUGGGCGAUUGACCAGUACCGAGUGUGCCAGGAGGUCCUGGAGCGUUCCCGGGAUGUUGUUGAUGAAGUGAGCGUCUCUCUCAGGCUUUGGGACACUUUUGGAGAUCAUCACAAAGACAGGCGUUUUGCAUAUGGCAGGUCUGACGUUGUGGUCCUCUGUUUUUCGAUCGCUAAUCCCAAUUCCCUAAAUCAUGUGAAAACCAUGUGGUAUCAAGAAAUCAAGCACUUUUGCCCUCGCACACCUGUUGUUCUAGUUGGCUGCCAGCUAGAUCUCCGCUAUGCUGAUCUUGAAGCUGUUAAUCGAGCCAGACGCCCUUUAGCGAGGCCCAUAAAGAGAGGGGAUAUUCUGCCCCCAGAAAAAGGCCGAGAGGUUGCCAAGGAACUCGGCAUACCAUACUAUGAGACAAGCGUAUUUGACCAGUUCGGCAUCAAGGAUGUGUUUGACAAUGCAAUCCGAGCAGCGCUGAUUUCUCGCCGACACCUGCAGUUCUGGAAAUCUCACCUAAAGAAAGUUCAGAAACCUUUACUUCAGGCACCAUUCCUACCUCCAAAAGCCCCUCCACCAGUCAUCAAAGUUCCAGAAUGUCCCUCCACGGGGACGAGCGAAGCUGCCUGUUUACUGGACAAUCCUCUGUGUGCCGAUGUCCUGUUCAUCCUUCAGGACCAGGAGCACAUCUUUGCACAUCGAAUUUACCUCGCUACCUCCUCUUCCAAAUUUUAUGAUCUUUUUUUAAUGGAAUGUGAAGAAACCCCAAAUUCAAGUGAAGGAGCUGGUGAGAAAGAGAAGCAGACCCGGGAUUUCCAGGGGCAGGCAUUGAGCCUUAACCCGGAUGAGGAAAGGGAGGAAGGUGCCCCAAGGACACUUCAGACCAGUCAGUGGAAGUCCUCGAGCCAGAGCCUGUCCCUACAGGAGAGUCUGGGGCUGGAAGCUGAGAGCUCAAUUCCAGAGACGCAGACUUUGUCAGGCUGGAGCAAGGGGUUCCUUGACAUGCACAAGGAGAUGCAAGUCAAUCCGGUCUCGAAGCGGCUGAGCCCCAUCACCGUGGUCAGAAUGGACUCAUCCGUCCAGCCAGGCCCUUUUCGGACCCUGCUCCAGUUCCUUUAUACGGGACAACUGGAUGAGAAGGAGAAGGAUUUGGUGGGCCUGGCUCAGAUUGCAGAGCUUCUAGAGAUGUUUGAUCUGAGGAUGAUGGUGGAAAACAUCAUGAACAAGGAAGCCUUCAUGAACCAGGAGAUUACCAAAGCAUUUCAUGUCCGGAAGGCCAAUCGGAUAAAAGAGUGUCUCAGCAAAGGGACAUUCUCAGAUGUGACAUUUAGGUUGGAUGAUGGAGCCAUCAGCGCCCACAAACCGUUGCUGAUCUGUAGCUGCAGGUGGAUGGCUGCCAUGUUUGGGGGCUCAUUUGUGGAAAGCGCCAACAGCGAGGUAUAUCUCCCGAACAUAAACAAGAUGUCAAUGCAAGCAGUAUUGGAUUAUCUUUAUACCAAGCAGUUGUCACCUAACUUGGACCUGGACCCACUGGAAUUAAUUGCCUUGGCAAACAGAUUUUGCCUGCCACACUUGGUUGCCCUUGCAGAGCAGUAUGCUGUUCAGGAGCUGACCAAGGCUGCGAUGAGUGGUGUGGGCAUUGAUGGGGAAGUGCUCUCAUAUUUGGAAUUGGCCCAGUUCCACAACGCCCACCAGUUGGCCGCCUGGUGUUUGCACCACAUCUGCACCAACUACAACAGUGUUUGUUCCAAGUUCCGCAAGGAGAUCAAAUCGAAGUCCGCAGACAACCAGGAGUACUUUGAGCGGCACCGCUGGCCCCCCGUGUGGUACCUGAAAGAAGAAGACCACUACCAGCGAGUGAAAAGAGAACGGGAGAAGGAAGACAUUGCACUAAACAAACAUCACUCAAGACGAAAGUGGUGCUUCUGGAAUUCGUCUCCAGCAGUCGCCUGAGGAGGAAGAGAUAAAAAUGAGUAAUCUGACGCACCACUUGUUAAAAGCACUACUGUAAAAUUAGUCUUAUUAUUAGAGAUAAGUUGUAGUUCAGGUUUCAGGCACUGAUCUUCCUCCACUUUCGUGCAUUUCUCCUUGUUGGGAUCAAAGCACAAGCUCCCCAUCUAUGAGCCUGGACAAAAAAGGGAAGCUGACACUCACGGCAUUCCUUAAACUUAUGUGUAUGUUUUUUGUUAGAAGGCUUAAUAAACUUUAGUCCGUCACUUCGUUUCUUUUUAUACAAAGGAAGACAAAAAAAAUCCAGCUUUCAUGUUUCAAAUUCCAAAUUGGAAAAUAUUUUUAUAUGGUCUCUUGUAUUUUGUUGAAAUGAAAAUACUGUGUAUUACUUUAUUUUACAGGCCACAAAUUAACCAUGAAGUCGCCCUGUGAUUCUCUUUGCCCACAUGACCACCAGGCAUUAUUACAUAAUGAGAGGGUUAUCCUCUCGUUGUGAAGUGCAGGGUUGGAAUGAAAUUCCCCCAAGCGCAAGUUAGAGAGUGUUUAAUCUUUGUUCUGCCGAAUAACACUGGUGUAAUUACCAAGUCAGCUCCAAGACUGUGUAUUUACAAUAUUUGCCGUGUAAGUGCUAGUAAUUAUAUGGUUAUAUGUGCCAUGUAAAAUAUAGUGAUAUCAAGUCUUCUGUUGUUUAAAAUGUCCAGAUUCAAAAGGAUAAUCUUUAUAAUCAUUAGAAGGGCUUAUUAAAUCCCAGCAGUAUCCGGGGCAAACCCACUGGGGGACCCGAACACACGAGACGCCCUCAGAGCACCAGUGUCUGAGUGGCUGUGUGAGGCUUUGCGUCUCCCGGUGUCCCUGGGUCUUGCCAUGCUUCUGCGUGCAGAUUCUUCAAUGACUUGAACUGAAAUGGGCAAGGGAAGGGAUCCCCAGACUUUGUCCCAAUCGUCGGCAGGCUUGUCACAUCUCACCCACGGAAACAGGCUUCUCAGGUCUCUUACCUGCAGCCAACUUCACUUUGUAAGACACGCAUUUUUAACUCUUCCCAGGGAAAAUUCAUGCCACUGUAGAAGCAGGCUGAGGCAGACCACCCACCCCUGCCGAAGGUCAGCGGGGCCUGUGAAGGCGUAAUGCUGGAGGCUGGGUCGUCUGGGGUCCCUGCAUUCUCCAACGCAGACAGGAACCUUAUUCCAAGAGUCUAGGAAAUGGUGCUAUUGUUAGUCUUGACCCUUUGUUGUUCUGAGUUUUCAGUGUUAAAACGGAAAGUAUUGAGCAGGGGAGCUUCAGAGAGGCAGGCAGCCGUUGCUUCUCUACACAUUAAAAAUGCUACAGCACUCAUACGGGGCAUUUUAAGGCCACAGCUCCAUACCUGCUGUGGGAUGUGGUGUGGCGGGGGCUGGGGCUGAUUUUGUUGGGAGGUCAACAGGGGAUGCUAAAGGUUGUUGAUUUUUUUUUUCUAGCUUUCGAAAGUUGGAAAAGAGACAGUUGAGUCCAAACCCCACUAUUGACAACCAUACGCAUUUGAAAAUUUACCCAGAUUACAGAUGGACAUUUAUUACUGGCAGUGGAUACACACCAGAUCCAAGAUUUUGGAGAGGCUCAGAAAUGCAUCACCCCCUCAUGGUAAAGGAGAGGGCAGUAGAGUAGAAAUGGAUGGUUGUAAAUGCAUCUUCCUUAAAUUUUGGUCCAUAGUGUUGUAAAUCAUUAACAGGAGGAGAAAGGAGACAGAAUGAGAGGAUAAAUGUCAAGACUCGGGAAGAAUUGACAUAUAUCCCAUCCUAAAAUGAUAGAAGUUGAGUUUUUAGUGAGUGGUCAGAGUUGAAUUUAUACAACCAAAGUUCCCAUGUGAUUGUAAUCUUGCCAAAACAUAAUGGACACAUAAAUGAACCUGGGGUAUAAGCAAUAAUAUCCACUAGUGUUUGUUAUCAGCUACUGUAACCAAGUGGCUGGUUCAUUUGGUUGAUGCUGAUUAUGGCCUUUAACUAUGGUGGUUUGUUUCGUGUUUUUUAUUUCACAAAAAGCCAAUAAAAUUGUUUAGCU